AAAAAAGUUAAAACAGCCACAAACGCAUUACUUUCUAUUGUUUCCGGUUUCCCUACUUUACUCUCUCUCUCUCUCUCUCUCUCGAUCUCGACCCACACCCACAGAACAACCCAACCAGCGAAGAUUACGACGACGACGAUGUCUAUGACGACGAAGACAAUGAUCCAACCAAGCUCACAAUCAAGGGUUUCGCGGGAGAAGAAGGUGAUGGAAACUCCGAUGCUCGGAUGUGAUGUUGUCGGCCCAGUGACCCGCUCACGAUCGAAAGCUGGAGAAGUGUUGUCAUCGUUGGUGGGGAAAAAACGUAAAAAUCGUGAGGAGGUAUGCUCUGACGAGACGUCGUCUAACAGUUUGUCAUCAGAUGAUCUUCAGAUGCUUCUACAUAUCGACGAAGAAUUCUCUCUCGGGUAUUGUUUCACCGAGCGCGAGAAAUCAGACGUGCUGCUGCAGACGUACUCAGAUCUAAAGAAGAAAUACAACGACGGCGAGAAAUCAGACCUGCUGCUGCAGACGUUCUCAUAUCUAAUGAAGAAGAAAGCAAAGGUAGCUUCAGAUCAAGAAAAGAAGAAAGCAAAGGGUGUCACUACAAAUUCUGAGGAGGAGGUGGUGGGCUUGACAUCAGAACAGCGGCAGGAAUACUCCCGCAAGGAUUUCGAUUACCCUGAGUUUUAUCGUGGACUUUCUAGCGACCUACCUAUACACAUUAUUUUAGCUACAGAAUUCGAUCCAGAUUUACCGGCUAAUUUCUCCCGUCAGAUAAAAAACUCAGCCAAGGCUAUGGAUUAUUACAACAGUCGAUUCAACUCAAACUUCAUCGAACCUUUUAAUCCCCUCCUGAUGACAACGCGGGAGGUUGGUGGUGGUUAUUUGGAUUUCGUUGUCAUAGACACCCAUAAAUCAGGUCGACAUGCCAAUGAGAUGUUCCAAGCUAUCCUGUAUACCUCUCCUGGAAAGGAACCCGAGGUCCUGAUGUGCAGACCUGAAUACAUGCCCCCUGGCACCAGGAAAGGUUACCGCCCCUUGAAAGUUGGUUGGUGACAUUUGACAACAAAAUGGCAGUAUGCUCUGGAAGGUCCAUUUUUAUGGUAUUUGUGUGGAGUGGAUCUCAACUUCUUAAUGUAUGGGAUUUCGAACGCUUAUUAGCAGUAGUAUGUUUACUAUGUAGUGCAUGGUUCAUUGUAAGUGGUAUCUAUGUGGGGUGGAUUGUAUCUGUCUCUGUCUGCUUUUGGAUGUUAACAAACAACUACUAUGAAAGACCCACUUAGCUUACAGUUUGGUUCAUUUGGACGGUAUGUGUGUGGAAUGGAUCACUUCUUUUUACUAA